ACUUCUUGCUUUUUUUCAUCGCGCGCAAUGGCUGCGCAAGAAAACACUGAAGAGCACGUAAUACAGGAUAUGGAGGCGAGCGUCCAAGGUACCAAUACACCUCCAGAAGACAUAGGCAGUACGAGGCAAUCGCGCAAACGGGAGAGGGAGGUUUCGCUAGAACCUGGCACGCCGCAGGCAGCGUCUAUCGAUAUUGAGCCGAGCCACUACGAGGCGAAAGAUAGGCGCACGCCCGCAAAGAAAAACAGGUUGAGUACACAACUCGAUGCCACAGAGGAGGAAGAUGAGGCUGCCGACGCGCCGACGGCAAUUGAGUCCGAACAAGGCGGUGGCUCGCCUCGGCACGAGUCGAAGAUACGGCAGAUCAGCCAGGGUGUCGAAGACCUCACCUGGCAGAACAUGCCGAAGCAGCCAUCUCCCGGGCCAGAGCCAGAGGAGCCGGUAGCGGAAGAGACGACGGAGCAUGAAAUGGCCAUAGAAGAGAUGCAGUACGACAAGCAGGAAACCAUAACUGUGCCGCCACUCCUGCGCGGAGAGAACCCACCUAUGGCCCUCGAUGGCGAUGGCGACGAGGAACACGCAGGAGAGGCUGACCCUGCAGAGGUCCCUCCAGAAGCUCAACACGAUGACCACACGCUGCAAGAGAACAUCGUGUCUGCUCCGCCGCACAGCUUUUCGACACCACCUGAUCUCGCGGAGCCACCAGAGAAGGCCAUCUCAAGACGCGCGUCGGAGGAGAGCAUGGAUCAAGAGAAGGGUCUCAAGCGCAAACUGGGAGAUCGUACCGUUAGCGACCACAAGGAUCUGGAGGAGCAACUCGUCGAACAGGACGCAAAAAAGGCGUCCGCCUCCAAGCGGCCAAGAGACGACCCGGACAAGGACGCCAAUCCACGAGAACCGAAGAGGCCGACACCACCGCCCGAUGAGGAGAAGAGGAAAGAAGCCGAAGCGACUGGUGUCGCAAAUGCAAAUAGCAGUCGGACUACGAGCCAAGAGCGGUCAAAAGCCUCGACUCCUACAUCGACUCCUCCGUUGAGCCAAGAACAACCCGUGCAGUCGUCAGCUGCGCCCAAAUUGAGCGGCUUCAUGGCGUACGCCUCACCGAGCUCGCCGUUCGCCACGGCGAAAGGCCCCAGCAUGUUCUCGUCGAAACCUUCACCAUGGGCGAGCGCGAGCUCGAGCUCAAGCAUAGCGGCCAAGCCCAUCCUCAGCCCAUCUCCUGUCCUUGGUUCUGCCAGCUCGUCAACCGAGACCUCGAGCUCGUCACUCAAGGAGCCUGGCUUGAAACGCACAGGCUUCGAAGCCUUCGCCUCAAGCUCUUCUCCCUUCGCCUCCGCCGCCAAGCGUCCGAAGUCACCAAUACCAAUGGCAGCCUUCGGAAACCGCAACAAGUCCCCCAUGCGGAAUCACUCCCCCGCACGUGUAAGCGCGUUUUCAGCUUAUGCGACAGGCGGGGCCCACGCAUUCUCCACUGCUGCGCAUAGACGGUCCGAAACUAGCACACCUAGUUUUGGUGACGAAAAUUUGGAAGCCGCGCCAUCCGCGCUGAACCCGCCGAAUUCCUUGAGCGGCGCGGAUAACGACAGUAACGAAGACAGUGAGGGCGAGAAGGGUGUCAGCUUCGGAGAGCGAUUGCGGGCUAGCAAGGACGAUGAAGACCCAGACGGUGAAGGAAGGAGGCUGAAUUUGACCGAGCAGGAAGUGCAAACUGGCGAAGAGGACGAAGACACGAUUUACCAGGUCCGCGGCAAACUCUUUGCGCUGAGCGACCAAAACCAGUGGAAAGAGCGUGGCACUGGUCAGCUCAAGCUGAAUGUACGCAAGGAUGACGGCAGCGGCGCCCGUCUCUUGAUGCGCAAGGAGGCUGUGUACACCGUCCUGCUCAACGCGACGCUAUUCAAGGGUAUGAAAUGCUUCCUCGCACAGGAUCCACGAUAUAUUCGGUUCAGCGUCUUCGAAGCCGGGGUAACGACGCACUACAACCUCCGCGUAUCGAAUGCGAAGAUCGCCAUGGAACUCCUUGACGAGAUCAGCUUACACAUUCCCUCAUGAGCUGUGAUCCCCGCUGCCGAACAAAGUUACUGUCCUACAUCCUGCUGCCGGCAACAUAGAUUGUUGCCCGCAAUACGUGCUGCGAAGGACCCGUAGAGUGUAUAGGAUCUGCUCCGAUUAUAACUUAGCUAUCCGAAGUAUUUGCCGCACAUUGACAUUGACAUAUCUAGCAUGCUAUCGCUUUUAUUCACUCCUGCG